GCCAAGGCUCGCUCUCGAGUCCCGCUACGCCGCCACCGCUGCCGCCACCGCCGCCACCAUACUAUCACGCCAUCGCCUGCUGCCAUUGAGCCCUUACUCCCUCAGGUACGAGCGGCGUCGUAAAGAUCUCUCUCUCUCUCUCGCUAAAACAGAAGACCUCCUACCGAUUUGGUGCUCCUUGCAACUGUUGCAGCGUGUUGGAAUGUCAAGCGUUGAACAAAGAAAAAAAAUCUGGACCGUCCGUUUUUUUUAUCCAAUGGCUGCUGUUGGGUUUCUUUUUUCUGGGGGCAUGAUUGUAAUUUUCCGUGUGUAAAUAGAAAACAGCAGGGGGCGGGACUUCAGUUUUUUUCAGCAGCGCGGGAGAGGGAGACGGCAGGAGGUGGGUGCGGCGUGGGUAUCUCCAGCAGAGGUUCGCACAAGGGUGAGGUAAGCUUACUACUCUGCUGCUGCGGCUUUUCUGCUGCUAAGAUUAAUAGAAAGACACCAGAUUGACAGAGACAGACCGGUAAGACGGUUGACGUGGAAGCCUGGGCUCUGCGGAGACGAAGGUCCGAAGUUGGAAGGGACAUACCGGAGAAAGCAUGAGCUCAGGUGGCGCAUUUGGUGGGAACAGGGGAUUGAGACCAGUGCCACCAGAAAAGGGGGUGUUCCCCUUAGAUCACAUGCACGAAUGUGACCUGGAGAAGAAAGACUACAUCAAUUGCCUCAAAUCUUCUGGCCAUCAAUCUGAAAAAUGUAGGCGCUUCUCAAAGAAGUAUCUGGAAUGCCGUAUGGAAAAGAACUUGAUGGCAAAGCAGGAAAUGUCUGAACUUGGAUUUGGAAAGGAGAGUGGGGCAGAAGCUCUUGAGAAGGCUAGUGGGAGAGUUGAUAGUUGAAGCACCUCACUGCCUGAUUUCCAAGCCUCAAGCCAUGCAGAAGAGAAUUCGCACUUGGAUUAUUCAGAAUUUUCCUGUGACAACGGUGUACUUUAUUCUGAUCAAAACUCACCAGGAAUAUGAAGACGGGGCAAUACUAGUUCUGCUGUAGAAGCUUAUGCUCUUAUAUUUAUAGGGUACAAAAUUCAAGGGCCUGUUUUGAGUGUUCGAGUUUUCAAGCAUUUAUGUAGAGAACUUGGAAACGGAGCAGCUAGAAAACUGAUACAAUUUGGUCCUUUUGUUAUUAUUUUGAAAGCUGAAAAUAAAAAAUAAAAAGUUAAAUACUGUUUUUUAACAA